AUGGCAUCUUUGCCACUUCCUCGCGUGGAGUCCCUCUUGGACUUGACCUCCUUCGAGCUCACCGUUCUCCCUUACUUGUCCCAGCUGCAAUGGCUGCCCGACAGCUUGCGCGCAGCUGGUAGCGAUAUUUAUAGCUUGCGGGCUGUUUAUUUAGCUACCAAUCCCCUCGUUUCUGCGCUCGCUUUUGGUGGAGUUCUAGCCUGUCUGUUUUUCAUCGCAGCCGAGAUCAACCGGAACUAUUCUCAAGUCGACCGGUUUUGGAGCAUUCUUCCCGCAGUGUACAACGUGCAUUUUGCCCUCUGGGCUCGCCUCUCUGGCAUCCAGACUCAUACUCUGGACACCAUUGCAGCUAUCAGUGUCCUCUGGAGUGUUCGCUUGACUUUCAAUUACUGGCGCAAAGGAGGAUAUUCGAUCGGCUCGGAGGAUUACCGCUGGCAGAUCGUGCGUUCCAAGGUGAACAACAGCUUUGUGUUCAUGAUUUUCAACCUUGGAUUCAUCGCAGUGGCCCAGUCGCUGUUGCUCCUUCUCAUCACCGCUCCAACCUACAUCUUCGUUGUUGCCGCAUACAACCAGGGAUCUGAGACCUUCGGCCUUCCUGACUUGGCCUUCUCCCGCGCUGCCUUCUUCUUCAUUAUCAUUGAAUUCUUCGCCGACGGACAGCAGUGGAAGUUCCAGUCUGCCAAGCGGGAAUACCAAACCAACGCUCGUAUCCCCGAGGCCUACAAGGACCAGUUCAGUGCUGAAGAUCUCGACCGUGGCUUCGUUGUCAGCGGUCUCUGGUCUUGGUCGCGUCACCCUAACUUCGUUGCUGAGCAGGCCAUUUGGCUGACCAUGUACAUCUGGUCGUGCUACCGCACCGAGACUUACUUCAACUGGACUGGCCUGGGAGCCUUAGGGUACCUUGCCAUCUUCCAGGGAAGCACUCGUCUCACUGAAUGCAUCAGUGCCGGCAAGUAUCCCGAGUACAGCGAUUACCAGGCUCGCGUUGGGAGAUUUAUCCCUCGCCUGUCUGUUAAGGCCAAGAAAACCAAGAAGACUAGCAAGAAGAGCAACUAA